CUAAAAAUGAAAUGUUAUAUUAACUAUACCCUUCAGCGCUAAUCAAAUGAUUUAGGAUUUUAGAAAAAAAAAACUAAAUCUGUCAAUUGCUGCUCUGAGAGAGAAAAAACUCAGCUAACUGUUCCAAUACUACAAAAUGCUUAUAGAGAAUGGCUAGUAUGUUGUGUAACAGUUAUUUGACAACCAACGAUAAAUAUGUAUGUAUGUACAUAUCUAAAUCCAUGUACAACAUAUACAUACAUGCAAUACACUCAAGAAUGUAAAGAUUGUGAAUCGUGCAAGUAAACUCUAAUCACAAUACAUAUUCAAUUAUGUUGGUAGUGUCCUAAGAAGAGAAACUAUCCAAACCCAGCUCCGUAAGAUGGAGAAGCAGCAACACUACACUUUUUUACCGAAUACUCGUUUAAGGUGGAUAACUAUACACGUCAUCGUGAUACUGCUAUUACAACUCAUUCAUUCUGUUACUUGCGGAGAGAAAUUGGCGCUUUUAUCAGCAACACUGCGUACAUAUCAAAAAGCAGCUUGCGAUACCGAUCAAGUGGCUAUUGCUUGCCCGCGUGGCACCAGCAUAUCAAUUGAAUUCGCACAGUACAAUAAUUUCAAAAACAAAGAUGGAUUCAGCAUCGAUGAGCUAUGCCCACUGCAUCAUACUGCCAAACCAGUACAAGCGAAAGCUAAGCACCUACUGCGUGGAUCUACGUUUGGUUCUCCAGGUCAGAAAAUUUCAACUACUCAAUACACCUACAACGGGUACAGCCAGGCCAUACCAGCCACGGAAAUACCAAGCACAAGCUCACAAACGGAUACAGUUAUGACAGAAAUAGAAGAAAACGGAGUGCGUCCAGAAAACGCUUCAAGUAGCAAUAUUACUGACGAUAUACACUCUGAAAAUUGCAUGUGGCCAAAUGCGUUGCAGUACUCACUGUUGCAGACGGUCGUUGAAGCAUGCCAAAAAAAGAAACACUGCAAAUUCAAUGGUGCUCCACACUACUAUCGACUGACCACAACUGGCGACGCUAGCAGUAAUUAUAGUAGGACUAGCAACAUAAGUGUGGACCCCUGCCAUAAACGCCGCAAAAUCGUUGAAGUGGCUUAUAAAUGUCGUCCAUAUGAAUUCCGCAGUAAAGUCGCCUGCCACAAUGAUGUAGCUCAGUUGGAAUGCAACCCUUAUUCUCGCAUUGCGGUCUACAGCGCAAGCUUUGGACGCACAGAGUAUGAAAGUAUUCAAUGCCCACAACCACAAGGAGUUCGUGAAGAAACUUGCCAAGCAUCCUAUGCCACCGAAACAGUGAUGCAGAUUUGUCAUGGACGGCGCCGAUGCAAUUUAGCUGCGGAUGCGAACACUUUCGGGUCUCCGUGCAAGCGAAACUCGCGAAUGUAUCUGAAAGUGGUUUACACCUGUGUGCCAAUGCAAGUUUUAAAGGACCGAUACGAAUCGGAAAUUGAAGGAGACGAGACUGAAGAAUUUGAGGGGGAUAAUGAAUUGUAUGACGAUGAGCUGAGCUACAAGGAAUCCGAAGCUAUUCCGAAAGUGUACAGCAACAGUACCGCGACAUCCGCCAGAACGAAUGGUACACAAUUUUCCACACCCGCCUCUUUGGACUCCAAUAGAGUGAAUAUAUCAUUUCAUCUUGAAGUUCCGGACAGUGCUGGUAUUAAUCCUGUUAUGACUCAUAGUGCUGACUUGAGCUUGGAAGAUAACCAAGAGCGACUGUACUUGUAUCUAUUGUUUGCUGGCUUGGGAGGUGUUAUUGUGUGUAUAAUUAUUGUGACAGUUCACGUUUUGAUACAAAAGCACCACUCGUUUAGUUCCGAGACGCAAAUGUCACCCAUAGAUGAUUCCGGCAACGUUGGUAUGGAUACCGCAAUUCCUAAUGGAUUCAAUGACACGAUAUCAGAGAUAGAUGCGGAGAUCAACAUACAGCCUGUGUCCAGUGUAUCGAAAAAAGAGAACUAUUUAACGUAUGGUCCGGAUAGUGGCAUAUAUAACGGUCUCGGACCAUCUAACAGAGCUCAAAGCUCAUCGACGCUCGGACUGCAAGGAAGCACAACUAUGCCGCUAAGUGCAGUUGUCGGCGGAACCGGUUCCUCGGCUAUAAUGAGAAAUUCCGAACUAUGCGGACCUAGACAAUCUCCCGAUAUCAUCGGAAUUUCCUCAAAAGCGCAAAUACAGGUGGUCACAAACAACGCCAUGGAUUAUCAGACGGGCGUUAGUGGCAUACUUGCACCGGCAAGUGUGGUUGGCGGCAAGGGAUCGAGUGACAACACUUCACUAAAUUGUGGCACUGCUAUUCCAAUGGCAUCAAUAGCACAAUACACAAACACGCCAACAAUUCGUGCAGGCUAUUUCAUCAACGCAGAGGGAAUACUGAAGCGACCCCCAAAUCUUCAAACCCCGCCAAUGACAACGUCUACUGCCAACAAUCAGUAUUUUACAACGUCAACAUUAGGUCGCAUGAAAACAUCCGCAAUUCCUUCCGUACUGCAGCAGCAACUGUCUUAUGAUGGCACCGCUCCACGUACUUUAUCGACUGGCGUCCCAGUAAACUCCCAAUUCUAUUAUGGAUGACGAAAUUCACAGGGAGGUGUAAAAAUAAAAUCUCUCACGAGUGAUACCUCUUGCCACAAAGUCGAAGCUAUCGCCCACCUCUCAUGUAAUGCAUCGAAAGUGCAGAAAGAGAAAUUCAAUGAGAGCAGCAAUGAAAAUGACAAUCCCGGUGCCAGCCACGAGGACGAAACGUCAGCGAAGAUGCAGGACACAGUGUAGCCGAAUCAGUCUUGGCUCAGGAAACGCAGAUAGCAACUAAUGGCAUGCAAUCUGAUAGAAUAAAACUUAUUGCUUUUGAAGGGGACUAAACUAUUUAUGAACUGGCAAAAGACAUAGAAUUAUAAAUCGUUAUUUCGAGAUAUGUAUGUAUGUAUAAGUAUAGGACUCGACAUACAUUCACAUAUGUAUUUUAUAUGUAUGCAUGUACGACACGCACACGAGCAUAUUACGUAUAAUAUGUAUGUAUGUAUAAAUAUGUGAUGGGAUGGUGUAAGCAGUUGGUUUAUGUAUUAAGAAAAUAGCAUUAAGAUAGUAUACAGGGUGGCCCAUAUAGUGAUUUAUCUUUGAAAAUUCGAACAAAUGAACGAAACUAGAUUUUUUCCGGUAUUUAUUGGUUUAUUCGAACAUUCGCAUUAUUUACGGAACAUGAUUUCAUUCAAGUGUCUGCCUCGGUUGGCUUCACAGUAGCGCAUCCUGUUAACACCCAGCUUACCAAGACUUCGUGCUCUAUCUCACUCAUGGCUUCCUCGAUAAUAAUCUUAAGGGACUGAU